AGCUCUCGCGUAAGGAGGACGUAGCUCUGGAUGUCCCUCACAGCCCAGCAGUGGACGGCUGGCCAGGCAGGACCGCCGCCUCCGCCCCACACUGAGACCCAAGAGCAGCCUCCGAGCCUCCCGGCCGCGGCUCGCUGCCGGCUCCAACACCCGCUAGGACGCGCAUGCGCCCGCAUGGCUCCCCCCACGCCCCCGGCUGGCGGGGGGACGGGCGGCGGUAGGGGACAGUUCCCGCUGGGGAGCGCUUUCCUGUCUGUCCGCAUGGCUGGGGAGCAGGCGGAAGGGAGCGCGCAGGAGGGCGGCGGCGGCGGGAGUGCGCUCCCGGCCCGCCCUUUCAUUUGCUCUUUCCCCGACUGCGACGCCAGCUUCAACAAGGCCUGGAGACUCGACGCGCAUCUCUGCCGGCACACGGGCGAGAGGCCUUAUGUUUGCGAAUACGAAGGCUGUGGUAAAGGUUUCACGAGAGAUUUCCACCGUGUUCGGCACCUCCUUACGCAUACUGGGGAAAAACCCUUCAAGUGCACAGCUGAUGGAUGCAAUCAGACGUUUGGAACAAAAUCAAACUUAAAGAAACACAUUGGGCGAAAGCAUGAAAAUCAGCAAAAGCAGUAUGUGUGUGACUUUGAAGGCUGUAACGAGUCUUUCAGGAAACAUCAACAACUUAAAGCUCAUCAGUGUCGUCACACCAAUGAACUUCCCUUCAAAUGUAGUAAUGAAGGAUGUGGAAAAUACUUCUCUACUCCAAGUCGGCUAAAGCGGCAUGAGAAGGUACACGAAGGCUAUGCAUGCAAGAAAGAAAACUGCUCAUAUAUUGGAAAAACAUGGACAGAGCUUCUGAAGCAUAAUAAAGAAAGUCACACAGAGCUUGUUUGCAGUGAGUGUAACAAAACUUUCAAAAGGAAAGAUUACCUCAGGCAGCAUCAAAAAACACAUGCUGUGGAGAGGGAGGUCUGGCGAUGCCCAAGAGAAGGAUGUGAGAGAACUUACACAACUGCAUUUAACCUUCAAAGCCACAUCGUAUCUUUUCAUGAGGAGAAAAAACCAUUCCAUUGUGAUUAUUCAGGCUGUGGAAAAGUGUUUGCAAUGAAGCAGAGCCUAGCAAGGCACGCCGUUGUACAUGAUCCUGAAAAGAGAAAGCUGAACUUGAAGGCAAAGCGUUCUCGUCCUAAAAGGAGCUUAGCAUCCCGUCUGAGCGGCUACAUUCCUCCUAAAAAGCAGGCAGGAAGGGAUGUGGUUGUGACAGAAAACAAGACAAUGGAUAAUCCCAGGGAAAACGAAAUACCAACUGUUGAAAUUCUGACUCUGCAGUAAAGGUUACCUAAGACAUGUUUCAUGGAAUGACCAGUGCAAAGCUUCAGCAAUAACUUUAUAGUAUUAUGGGUUUGGCUUUAUUUGGGGUUGUUUGGUUGUUUUUUUACAUAAGUAAUUAAUAUUGUUUACACUCUUCAUAAAGUCACUGAUUCAAA